AUGCACGCGCACCGCCCGCCGCCGCCACCGGGCGGUUCGCCGGCGCCGGCGCCCUCUCCGUCCCCGUACCAGUCGCCAAUGCCGUCCCCGACAGCGGCAUUUCAGGGCGGGCUCAUCAGCUCGCCGCCUUCUCCCUCUGCGGUCGCGUCGCCUGGACCGGCGCCCGUGCCUGCGCCCGCGCCGGAGCCUAAUGCGGUGCUCGCGUACGCGGGCGCGCGGCGAGGCGGGGGUGGCAUGAGCCCGCCGCUCAUCGCCAUGCUGGCGGUGGUGGGGGCGGCGCUGCUCGUGGUGCUCUACGCGCGGCUGGCCAGGCGCGUGGUCCGAGCCGUCCGGCGGCGGUGGCGUGGGUGGAGGAGGCGGCGGCGGCUGCUGAUGCUCCCGCUCGGCUCCCCGGCGCACGACUCCUUCGCGUCCUUCACCACCUACGACAACUUCUACCACACCUUCUCGCCGUACGGCUUGGACGACGCGGCCAUCAAGUCGCUGCCCUCGGCGCAGUUCCUCAAGGCGGAGGCCGCGCGCGCGAGCGCCGGCGCCCGCGACUGCGCCGUGUGCCUGCUGGAGUUCGCCGACGGCGACGAGCUCCGCGCGCUGCCGCUGUGCGCGCACGCCUUCCACGCCGACUGCAUCGACGUCUGGCUCCGCGCGCACGCCUCCUGCCCGCUCUGCCGCGCCGCCGUCGCGCUCCCGCCCCCCGUCUCCUCGCCGCUCCGCUCCGCCCGACGCGUUCGCCCCAGCCUCGACGACCUCCUCUUCUUCCACCCCGUCCCGCCGCCUCCACAAAACGACGCCGGCGCCCUGCCGGAGAUCACGCCGGCCAGCCCCGAUCAGCUCAACCCGAGGGACUUCCUCCUCAAGCGCUCCUACUCCUUCGGCUUCGAGCGAAAUAUCGCCACGGAGGCCGCGUCCACAGCAUCCCCUUCCUGGCGCUACCGCUUGGGCGGCGGAGGCGGGGACGGCGCCAGCGGCCGCGGCCGGGGCUUCUGGAGCAAGCGCUGGCCGUCCCCAUUCGGCGGCGUCGGGGGCUCCGCGGCGGCCGCAGCCCGUGUGUUCUCGUUCCGCUCGGCCGCGGGCAAGUCCUCCCCCUUCGCCCGCCGCCGCGCCGGCGCAGCCCCCGCAGGAGGCGGGUUCUUCAUGUCCCUGUCCUCCGAGCCCCCGUCCAUCGCCGCGGCGAGGCGGAGCAACCGCGCGUCGAGCCGGCUCCGGUGCGGGGACCCCGAGGCGCUGCUCUCGCCGGACCGUCUCAGCCGCUGA